AAACAGGCUCUGUCUGAACCCCCGCCUCUAAGCAGCGAGGAGAUUGAAUAUAGGCGUGUGCUCCUUCUUCGCCACCCUGGUGUGUCGAGCCUCCUCUUGGGGGUCAGAUUUGGGGAGUGUGCGAGCGAGCGGCCAGAGCGUCGUGGAAGAGCCCCUGAGGCGCUAGCUCUGCCGCCCCCCGCCCGCAAGAAGCGCGGGAAGAGAGGCGCUCAGCUGAGGCGGCGUCCUCCUUCCCAGCCCUGGGAGGGGUGUGGAGCGGGAGAGGCAGGCGAGGCGAGGAGGCGUCCGUCGGCAGCCUCACUGGCGGCUGCUCUGCUAUGGCUGCGGCGGCGGCGACGGCCGGGAGAGGGGGAGCAGGUGGAGAGUUGAGGAGAGACUGCAGUGGAGCAGCUGCCCUGGAGGAGACAUGGCGGACCAGUCGCGGUGCCUCUGAAUAAGCAGAAAAGGAGAAGAAGGGGUGUGUGUGUCUCCCCCCUGCCUCCCUCUUCUUCUUCCUUCUGCUCCUCCUCGUCCCCAGCGCCAGCUAUGCCGGGUUGAGCCAGCAAGGAGCAGAGCCGCCCAAGGACAAAUGGUGCAGCAGCAGCAGCCUGGCGCGGUGGAAAGAGGCUUCCGACGCCUUCCUUCCCCUUCUUCCCACUUCUCCAUGGCGCAUCCCGUACUCUGCUCUGGUGGCCCCGAGCUGGUGGUGUAGCUGGCGGCCUCUUCUCAGGUGCAUCCCAGGGAGAAGUGCCAGCUAGCCGUGCCACCCGUCCCUCCCCUCCCGCCGCCUCCUUUCCGUCUCUCUCCAUCCUUCUUUCUCCCCCCCCCACCCCGCCACCCCCACCGUCGAGGGCUAUGGCUGCAGAAGAGAUCUUGGAGACGGUGGAUCAUUAUAAGUCCGAGAUCGAGAGGCUGACCAAAGAGCUCACAGAAACAACCCACGAGAAGAUCCAAGCUGCUGAAUAUGGGCUGGUGGUUUUGGAAGAGAAACUCACCCUCAAGCAGCAGUAUGAUGAGCUGGAAGCGGAAUAUGAUGUCCUUAAACAGGAGCUGGAGCAGCUGAGAGAGGCUUUUGGACAGUCCUUCUCAGUCCACCGUAAAGUAGCAGAAGAUGGCGAGACACGCGAGGAGACGCUCCUCCAGGAGUCGGCAUCAAAGGAAGCCUAUUACCUGGCGAAGAUCUUGGAAAUGCAGAGUGAAUUGAAGCAAAGUAGGACUGUUGUUACCAACGUUCAGGCGGAGAAUGAACGACUGACAGCUAUUGUUCAGGACUUGAAAGAGAACAAUGAAAUGGUGGAGCUGCAGAGAAUUAGGAUGAAAGAUGAAAUUCGAGAAUACAAGUUUAGAGAGGCAAGGCUUCUUCAGGACUAUACAGAACUUGAAGAAGAAAACAUAACUUUGCAAAAGUUGGUUUCCACGCUGAAACAGAACCAGGUUGAGUAUGAAGGUCUGAAACACGAGAUAAAACGAUUUGAGGAAGAGACUGUAUUGCUUAAUAGCCAGCUAGAAGAUGCCAUCCGGUUAAAGGAGAUUGCUGAUCAUCAGCUUGAAGAAGCAUUGGAGACAUUAAAGAAUGAGAGGGAACAAAAGAACAAUUUGAGGAAGGAACUCUCCCAGUAUAUCAAUCUAAAUGAUAGUAUGUAUAAUAACCAUAUUAAUAUCUCAGUAGAUGGACUAAAGUUUGGAGAGGAUGGGAAUGAACCUAAUAAUGAUGACAAAAUGAAUGGACAUAUUCACGGACCCCACAUGAAACUGAACGGUGAUUAUCGGACUCCAACAGUUAGGAAAGGAGAAUCUCUGCACCCAGUCUCUGAUCUCUUCAGUGAGCUCAACAUCUCUGAAAUGCAAAAGUUGAAGCAGCAGCUCAUGCAGGUAGAGCGUGAGAAAGCUAUUCUCCUGGCCAAUCUUCAGGAAUCACAGACACAGUUGGAACACACCAAGGGGGCACUUACAGAGCAACAUGAACGGGUUCACAGGCUCACUGAGCAUGUCAAUGCUAUGAGGGGUCUGCAGAGCAACAAAGAGCUGAAAGAGGCUGAAUUUGAGAAAGGUCGAGACUCGGGGGAAGAAACUCAUGACUAUGAAGUGGACAUCAAUGGCUUGGAGAUCCUAGAAUGCAAAUACAAAGUGGCUGUGACUGAGGUGAUUGACCUCAAAGCUGAGAUAAAGGCCUUAAAAGAGAAAUACAAUAAAUGCGUUGAAAACUACACUGAAGAAAAGACAAAGUAUGAGAGCAGGAUCCAGAUAUAUGAUGAACAGGUGACAAACCUGGAAAAGUCGACUAAGGAAAGCCAUGAGAAAAUGGUACAGAUGGAAAAGGAGUUGCAAAGGAUUACAGGUGUUGCAAAUGAGAACCAUAAUACUCUCAACACAGCCCAGGAUGAGCUGGUGACUUUCAGUGAGGAGCUUGCUCAGCUUUAUCACCAUGUGUGUCUAUGUAACAAUGAAACUCCUAAUAGAGUUAUGCUAGAUUAUUACAGGCAGAGUAGAGUUACGAGGAGUGGGAGCCUUAAGGGGCCUGAUGAUCCCAGAGGGCUGCUCUCACCACGGCUUGCUAGGAGAGGAAUGGCAUCCCCAGCAGAAGCCAGGACAUCAGCUGAACAGGUUUUGAAAGAGGGCAUAGAAGCCAGCAAAGAGCAAAGUCCAACAAAGACACCUACAAUUUCUCCUGUAAUUACAGCCCCUCCUUCCUCCCCUGUUUCUGACACAAGUGACAUUCGCAAAGAGCCCAUGAAUAUUUACAACCUGAAUGCUAUAAUAAGGGACCAAAUCAAGCACUUGCAGAAGGCUGUAGACCGGUCAUUGCAGUUGUCCCGGCAGCGUGCAGCAGCCCGCGAACUGGUUCCCAUGAUUGAUAAAGAUAAGGAGGCCUUAAUGGAAGAAAUACUCAAACUGAAGUCCCUGCUGAGUACGAAACGGGAGCAGAUAGCAACUUUGAGGGCAGUGCUGAAAGCCAACAAGCAGACCGCUGAAGUGGCCCUGGCUAAUCUGAAGAAUAAAUAUGAGAAUGAGAAGGCCAUGGUGACAGAAACCAUGACUAAACUGCGCAACGAGUUAAAGGCUUUGAAAGAAGAUGCAGCAACCUUCUCAUCCUUGAGAGCCAUGUUUGCAACCAGGUGCGAUGAAUAUGUGACACAGUUGGAUGAGAUGCAGAGGCAGUUGGCAGCUGCAGAGGAUGAGAAGAAGACCCUAAACUCUUUGCUGCGGAUGGCUAUCCAACAAAAACUCGCCCUCACCCAACGCCUGGAAGACUUAGAAUUUGAUCAUGAGCAGUCCCGGCGGAGCAAAGGCAAACUUGGAAAGAGCAAGAUCGGCAGCCCUAAAGUAAGUGAGGAGGCAUCAGCCACCGUGCCAACCAUAGACACUUUCCUCCUGCAUAGUCAGGGCCCACAGCAACCAAACAUACUGUUCAGCAGUGGCACUCAGAGGAAAAGACAAUUCUCACCUUCCCCUUGUGAUCAGAGCCAUCCCAGGACUUCAGGGAACUACCUACUGCCUUUAUUAAGAACCCCCCCUGAUCACUCCUCCACAGAAUCAUUUCUUCUGAGGGGCCCCCCUUCCAUGAAUGAAUUCUUCCAUGGGCACCGUCUCAGAAAGGAAAAAAGGUUAACCGUGGCCAUCCCAGUUUCUUGUAGAUUGUCAGCAGCCUGCUGCCUCCAUACCGCCACACGGCUCACAACUAGCCAGGAGGCGAGACUGCCAGACUGUCAGAGCUCUAGUCCAAGUUGUUCCAGAAAUAUGGAAGGGAGUGAUGUUUACUCUUUUAAUUGAAGACAAUGGGCAGAUUCCUCAACAUGUCAGUCUUGAUGUAGCUCUUCCAGAAGAACAGCCACAUUCCAGCUCUCAGUGUGCCCCUCUCAGCUGUCUACCUAAGCCUCCUCCUUAACCCUAAUCUUCAUAUGCAACCUUAGAGGCGGGGGAAAACCCCCCACAACACAAACUGAGUCGGAGUUCUCACAGCAAAGGUACAGUUUGCGUCGAAGGAACCAGUAGGCAUUACUGCCUCCUUGCUGCAUUGAUGAAUCCGGACGCAUAUCUACAGUCUUAGCAACUGAGGAUGUGUGGAAGAGCAUAAAGCACAGAGCCCAAACUGUUCAAGAAGAUCACUUAAGGUUCCUCUGGUCAUACCCAGACGAUUGCAAUCAUGACUACAGUUUGGAAGCAAGAACAUGUACCUCCCAGCCAUUUGGCCUGUACUGCUAAUGUGCUGAGAAUCUAAACCACUAUCAAAAAGAAACAAAAAGUAUCUUACAAAUCCUUGUUUGGACAGUUCAGCUGCAACAACCAGUUUUUCUUUCUGUGGUUUAAAGGGUGUUGUAUCUUUUAUUUCACUGCACUUGCACCGUGCAUUUAUGUUUAUUAAAACUGCUGUCCAUGUUGUGUGAGACUUUUUAUUCUAUUCAUUUAAUUGUUUUUAAGUGAUGAAGGAAUAGAUUAUGUUUAAUUUUUUCCCCCAGUUAGGGUUUUAUUUUAUAAUUUCGGAUUGUUCACUUGGCCAAAGAGUAUGGCCUGGUGUUGUGUAUAAAAUUGCACAAAAAUUUCAAAGGUGAGUUGAAUUGGAAUGUGAACUUUGGAGACAUUCCAGAGAAAGUUGGACAUGCCCAAGUCCCACUGAAAUAAAUGGGAACUAGGCACACAGUGAAGCACUUCAAUCCCAUUGAUUUCAAUAGAAUGUAGGCAUGCCUAGCUUUUGCUGGAUUGUAUCCUUUGACUGACUGCUGCACUGGUAUUGUUUAUGCACUUGUUUUAUAACUAAUAUUAUGUUAGCUGCUGGUUUUUGUUUCACUACUUCACUGGAAUCUGAUUAAGCCUAAGAAGGGUUUUACUGUACAAUGUGCAUUGUUUCCUUUUGGUUAACUUGUAUGUUUUUGAGAAGGGUUUCUAUUUUGUUUUAGGUACUUUUCCCUUUUUAUUUUUAGCAUUUCAGACAAGCUGAUGACUUGGUGCUGUUUCCCCCCUUUUGGUAUAUGAACAAAAAUGCAAAUGAACUUGAAGUAAACAUGCUGUUUUAUGAUCAUUGAAAUGUUCAAGAUGUUUUUCACCUGCUGCUCCAAAAUUCAGUGUUACCAAGACCUUACCUUGGCAAAAGUAAGAAAGAAAAAUUAGUAGAGUGUGACAGUAUAUGUCCAGUGGCAUCCAGUAGUGAAUUUAGCUGUGUAGAUGAGAUUGAUGUCAUAGACUGAAGAUUAUAGUUUGGGGUUCUUGCUUUAGUGCAUUUUUUUCUUGCCAAAAUUCCCAACCACUAUGGAGAUCUAGCUCAGUCAGUUCGAUGACGAAUACUCAGGUGACAUACAGUACAGAUUCUGCUCCCACACUGCAUGGCAUUCCUACUUUAAAGAUCUCUCUUGUUAUAGCUGUUUUGAAGAGUUGUGGGUAUGCAAGAACAUAAGGAUAACCAAAUUUAUUUUGCAUAAUACCUGACAGCAAGUCAGAUUGCUGACUAAACUUGGAGUCAUUACUUUGAGCCUUCUUUUGGGUUGCCCAGAUGUAAUGCUUCCCAUUAGAGCUAAUUAAUUCUUGCUCUCAGUCAGGUGGCCUUAACAUAUUUAAGUACAGGAGGCCUGGGCAGAUCCAGGUUUCUUUGUCUCUUCCACUUGUGCAGCAUUAAUAUGAUCCAUGGACAGAAACAUUAGAUGGCGUGUGCCAUGCAUUAGCUUUGAAAGAAAUUGCUUCAAAGGCAGCUGGGAUAAUUUGGCCUAAUCCAUCUGAAUUUGAGAGAUAGAAAAUGAUAGUUUUUACAAAAUGGGUGUUGGAGAGGAGAUGCACUGCAUCAAUCAAGGAAAGUCUAGGUGGCCAGUCAUUGUGCCUAACAAUCAUUAUCAUUACAAAACCACUAAUCAAGGUGCUAAAAACAGGAUAAUCCUAAUCAGCAAUUCAUAUACGUACUAUAACCAUGACAGAGCAGUUGAGUUUUUGCAAUGGUUCAAAGAUUUGGAAUCGGAGAUCGAAAGUAAUUUAUGGGAGGAAUCCAGAAACUACUUGAAAGCAACCUCUUUUGCCCGUAAGGGCAAAUCACUGGUACUACGGGGACUAAAUUAAGUGGAAAUACAUAGUCUAUAAAUGGUUAUGAAAGACAGUAACAACAACAAAAAACUCAUAUAAUUCUACAGUUACAAAUCUAACAGCCCUUUGCACUUUUCUAUGUGUUUCAUGCUGCUUAUCUUCAGCUACAUUUAACAUUUUAAUGCUGUACCUUAUGCUCAUAAUCUUAUAUAACAAGGGAAUGUCUUAUUGUUCUUUCAGGAUCUAGGGCUGCCACCUCCAGCUUUAGAUGGGGUUUGUGGUUUCAGAAUUUGCCAUUUGAACUGCUGGUCCCUCCUAAACCACCAUGCACUUCUGGUUGCACCUGCCAGUGUUAUGUUGGCAAAUGCUGAUAUAAGACCCUAUGGAGGGUGGUUGUGUGCGUGUGUGUGUUUUUAAGUUGGGCACAAUCCCACUCAAGUUAUGCAUGUUGAUUUCGGAGAGACUUUAAACACCUGCUUAAAUCUGAGCUAUUGAAAUCAAUGGGUCUUAAAUGUGCUUAACUUGGACUGGAUCAUGCCUGUAUUUUUAUGUAGUCUUAUUCUUAUUCACCAAGGAGCUAUUUCAGCUGGGCCGAAGUGCACCUCAGAAUCCUUGGGCUUGUUAGACUGAUGUGCUGGUGAGGUGUGGGCGUGUUUUGGAUACGUAAACAUUAGAAUUGCUGCAUAAACUGUACUACAAACUGCUGCCUCUCACUACUUCCAAACAUCUUUUGGAACUAUACACAAAUCUUCUUAUUGAAAUAAUUCCAAUGAAGUACAUUUUAAGCUUCAGUCUGAAGCACACUUGCUCUGAGGUAAAUUCCAUUGAAUUCAAGGGGACUUACUUCCAAGUAAAUGUGUUGAGAAUGUCAUUUCUUUUUAAACAUAGAUUGUAAUUUAUAGUUGUGUGUAUUGGGGGGAGGGGAUGAUGAUUAUUAUUUUGAAAUAUCUAUUUCCACAGCAUUCAAAGUACUGGAAAUAAUAGGCCAUACAUGCUGAACUUUAUUUUGUAAGUUUAAGGGAAGAAUUCUAAAUAAAAAUUUAAAUGUCAAAAAAUAGGCCCUGAUCUAGAGAUAUCGGAGCACACCAAGCAAGGUGGUGGAGUUACACUUUCCCAUCUGCAUCAGGAGACAGAUGGGAUAGUGUAUGUUUACUUUCAAUGUGCAGAGGCGAUGAGGAAUCUGUUAUGGAUGUGCACCCCCAUGAAUGCAAAGGUUGGCUUAGCUGGACGCAGAAAUAUCCAGUCCCAAUCUUAUGCUUAGAAGGUAGAACUCUGGAUCUGCACUUAUUUCCCCCACCCACCAUACUCAGGUGUACAAAUUUAUGUACCACUGAAGGUUUGCAUGUGCAAAUCAGAUGUUCUGGACAUGCAAGGCUCGUACCACAUGCCUAAAGCAAUGGCUGAAUCAUAAUUAAUAUGCCAAGAAUAACAGCUGGAAAUUCAAGAUCAAUAAGAUACGCAUAGGAAAUGCAAACAUGACCUAAUACUGCCAAGUAAGUAAUGGAGCUCAGAAAACCCCAAAUACAGUCCUAGCUUCAUAACUAAGAAGGAAACUGUAGCCAUCAGAUAAUUUUAAAUUUAUUGGUUAGCAUGGUUUUUAAAUGAGGUAACACUCUGCCAGCAAGAUCUGCAUACGGGACCUGAAUUUUGCUGGAAUUAAUUAGAUUGGCUUUACUCCUACUGCAAAAUAGGAGUGGGCCAACAUAUAAUUUGUUAAUAAUGUACUACUGAAGCUAAUAGGCGCCUGACCCAAUAUAAAAUUCUUAAUGUUGCAGAUUAUCCCUUUACUUUUUGUUCUCUUUAUCUGGUUAAUGUUGUACAGCUGUUUUGUUUUAAAUGAUUUUGUUUCUUUUGAUAUAAAGGAGGUCUUUAUUUCAAAAUUCCAGGCACUGAAGUCCUACUUUAGAAGCACAGCCAUUUCCUUACUUAUAUUUUGUUUAAAAAAAUAGCCAUUGUUUUCUUCAGGGUUUCUCCCAGUAAUAUACUAUGCCUGAAAGAGACAUAAAGUAUUUGGAUAUUUUCCUCCAUUUAUUAUUAUUUUUAAUAUUCUGCAUAAAAUAAGAAAAGCAAUUAACUGCAUUUAGCCAUAUGGCAGAAAUGCAUCUAAAUAUGCAAUAUAAAAAAGCUUGCAUGACAUAAUUUCAUGUACUUUCCAAUAACCCUGAUGAUGAAGCUAGAGAAUUCUUAUUUCAUGAGAGUAUUCUUCCCCCCCCUUGCAUAUUAGAAAAGCACGUCCAAUAUAACUUUCAUCAAGAGAUGCAUGGCUUAAAUCCUCAUUGCAUUUUAAUCUCUCUCUUGCAGAGCUCUUGAAAAAAAACCCCUCUAUUAAAUCUGAAGGCAACAGAGUGAUAAAUUGACAAGACACAAAGGGGGGGAAAUCAUAUGUUGCUGUGAUUGGAGUUAAUUUGCUGUCAGACUCUGGAGAGAUGUGGGCAUUGUGUUUCAGUUAGUGUUUUGAUAUGAAGGUACUUGUGCUUUUCAUUAUUUAUUAAUAAAUAUAGUAGUAAUUUUUUUAUUCUUUUUGCAGCCUAAAUAGACUUUUCUUUAAAUUAUAAAACUUGAGUUUAUUACCGUGUUUUGGGGAUUUAUCAAAGUGUUUUGUACAAACAUUAGGGAAGUAAUUUUGCUAACCAGCUGUGGUGGGGGAAAGGAAAUAAAAAUACCCUAGCUUUAAAAAAAUUAAUUGGUAUGGCUUUGUGCACCAUAUCUUUGAAUAAAUUGAAGUACACUUCACUAGUUCUAGAUCUAGUGCUUCAAACCCUGUGGUUUGACUGUUAAGGGGUUAAUUAAAUUGAUCCUUUGUAAAGAAAAGAAAGAAAAGAAACCCUUAAAACCUAAUGUUUUGUGAAUUUUGUAAUCUAUGAAUGUUCCCCCUUGCAUGAAUAUACUUAUCUAAGCAGCCACACAGAAGGAGGCAUUGUGUUAUAUUACAAAUGGUUUUAAAUACUGGUGCAGUUUGCGUUAAAACACAAUUUGUAUACUGUACAUUUGCCUGCUGUAAAAGUUGGCUAUUCCUAAACUGAAUUGAAGUUCUGUGAUAAUGCCUUUUUGGGGGUUGAAUGAAGUAUUUCUAGAUGGUGAUAAUACAGAUAGAUGUGCUCAUUGGCUUAAAGAUUGAAUGUUAGAAGCUUUUUUUGUGUUGCAACACAGAUUUUUAAGGCAAAAAUACUAAUUCAGGAUUCCAAAACCAAUUGUUCUGAAAUAAUUGCCAUGUCAAACCCUCUCCUGUUCCGGUCUUUAUACCAGUAGACAAUCCUCAAUGAAUUGCUUUGUGAGGGAAUCAUGUGCUUGCACAUGUGUGAUACGAUAAUGUGGUUCAAAUGGAAGGGAAAUGAAGACACUCCAGAGCUGAAAAAAGUAAAUUAGAAGCUAAUAUAUUAAUUCUGACAAAAUUAUGUUCCAAUUAAAGUUAUGGUAUACUGCAUAACUACCCCAGUAAAUAAACUGGUCAUUUUUUGUUCAUUGAA